AUGCCGAUGCAUCCAGUCACCUCCACGUUGAUGUACCGGGGAAUCUGCACCAUCCCUGACAUCCUCUCGUACAGCGCCCCGGUGAACCUGCCCGAAGACGAAGUUGAAGAGAUCCGUGAGGCCUUUAAAGUUUUUGACCGCGAUGGAAACGGGUUCAUUUCAAAGCAGGAGUUGGGAAUGGCCAUGCGCUCGCUGGGCUACAUGCCAAAUGAGGUGGAGCUGGAAGUCAUCAUCCAAAGACUGGACAUGGAUGGCGAUGGCCAGGUGGACUUUGAGGAGUUUGUCACUCUUCUAGGCCCAAAGCUGACGGCAGCUGGGUUGCCAGAUAAGUUCCAUGGCACUGACUUUGACUCCGUUUUUUGGAAGUGUGACAUGCAGAAGUUGACGGUGGAGGAGCUGAAGAGGCUUUUGUACGACACCUUCUGCGAUCACCUUUCCAUGAAAGACAUCGAGAACAUCAUCAUGACUGAGGAGAACCACAUAGAGAACCCAGAGGACUGCACGGUGGAUAUAGACAGCUCCAGCCCGACGCAGCAAGUCAAGCAAACCUGCGUGCGCAAAAGCCUGAUAUGCGCCUUUGCAAUUGCUUUCAUCAUCAGUGUCAUGCUCAUUGCAGCCAAUCAGGUGCUGCGGAGUGGCAUGAAAUAGGAGUUGCAGC